UUUUCAAAUGCAAAUGAGCAGGUUAACAACCCCAGUGUUGCAAUGUUUUGACCUUAAAUCUGCUUGGAUAACCCAGAGGCAAUAUUUGUCCUUUUGGAAUAGGUCAAAUAGUGUAUGACAGGAGGAAUCCAACCAGGGCCCUGAGCUGUGAGACAGAGAGAGAACAGAGGAAACAACAGGCUGGAGAUUAUUAAAACCAGCAUCCAAGUUGGCUCCUGAUUCGUGGCGAAACCAUCCCUCAGCUUUGAGAGGGAGUCUGUUAAAUCAUGAAACUAAUUGCCAUCCUUUUCCUCUGCUCCAGGCUGCUACCAAGUUUAACCCAAGAACCAUUCUCUGAGGAAAUUGACUGCAAUGACCAGGAAGUAUUUAAGGCUGUGGAUGCUGCUCUGAAGAAAUAUAACAGUAAAAACGAAAGUGCCAACCAGUUUGUAUUGUACCGCAUAACCGAGGUCAUUAAGACGGUUAACCCUGACACAUUUUAUUCCUUUAAGUACCAAGUCAAGGAGGGUGAUUGUCCUGUUCAAAGUGGCAAAACCUGGCAGGAUUGUGACUACAAGGAAGCUGCAGAAGCUGCCACAGGAGAAUGCACAGCGACCGUGGCGAAGAGGAGGAAUGAAGUAUUUUCCGUGGCUACCCAGACCUGCCAGAUUACUCCAGCCGAGGGCCCUGUGGUGACAGCCCAGUAUGACUGCCGUGGUUGUGUACAUCCCAUAUCAACGGACAACCCCGACCUGGAGCCCGUUCUGAGACACGGCAUUCAACAUUUUAAUAACAACACUGAUCGUUCCUACCUCUUUACUCUUGGUGAAGUAAAACGGGCUCAAAGACAGGUGGUGGCUGGAUGGAACUUUCGAGUGACCUACUCAGUUGUGCAAACUAAUUGUUCCAAGGAGAAUUUUCAGUUCUUAACUCCAGAAUGCAAGGCCCUUUUGGAUGGUGAUAUCGGUGAAUGUACAGAUAACGCAUACAUGGAUAUUGAGCAAAGAAUUGCUUCCUACUCACAGGAGUGUGACAUUUAUCCAGGGGAAGAUUUUGUACAGCCACCUACGAAGAAGUGUCUUGGCUGCCCCACAGAUAUACCUGUUGACAGCCCAGAGCUGAAGGAGGCACUGACGCAUUCUAUCACAAAGCUUAAUGCAGAGAAUAAUGAAACUUUCUAUUUCAAGAUUGACACGGUGAAAAGAGCAAAAGUACAGGUGGUGGCUGGAUUGAAAUAUUCUAUUGAGUUCACAGCCAGGGAAACUACAUGUUCCAAGGAAAGUAAUGAAAUGUUGACUGAAAGCUGUGAGAUCAAAACACCUGGCCAAAGUCUGGACUGCACUGCUGAAGUUUAUGUGGUAGCUUGGGAGAAAAAAGUUUACCCUACUGUCAACUGUCGACCACGAGGAAUGACGUCACUGAUGAAAAGGCCUCCAGGUUUCUCACCUUUCCGAUCAGUACAAGUAGAGGAAAUAAGAGAAAGAACAACUGUAAGUCCACCCCACACUUCCAUGGUUCCUGUACAAGAUGAAGAACAGGAUCCAAGAAAAGAACAAGGACCCACUCCUGGGCAUCGCUGGGGCCAUGAAAAGCAAAUGAAACAUGACCUUGGCCAUGGCCAUAAACAUGAGCAUGACCAAGGCCAUGGGCACCAAAGGGGCCUUGGCCUUGGCCGUGGACAUCAAAAACAACAUGGCCUUGGCCAAGGUCAUCAAAAACAACAUGGCCUUGGCCAAGAACAUCAAAAACAACAUGGCCUUGGCCAUGGACAGCAAUGGCAACAUGGCCUUGGGCAUGGACAUCAACUCGAAUUUCACUAUGAUCUUGGACCCCAAGAAGGCCGUGGCCUCGACCAUGAACAUAAACAUAAGCAUGGUCACGGCCAGGGAAAACAUAAAAAUAAAGGCAAAAACAAUGGAAAGCUCAAUGGUUGGAAAACAGGGCAUUUGGCAAGCUCUUCUGAAGAUAGUACCACACCUUCUGCACAGACACAAGAGAAGACAGAAGGGCCAACACCCAUCCCUUCCUUAGCCCGGCCGGAUGUAGCAGUUACCUAUUCUGACUUUCAGGACUCGGAUCUCAUCGCAACUAUGAUGCCUAAUAUAUCACCAACUCCCACAGAAAAUGAUGAUGAUUGGAUUCCUGACAUCCAGACAGAACCAAAUAGUCUUUCAUUUACCCUGAUAUCAGAUUUCCCAGAAACAACCUCCCCCAAAUGUCCUGGACGCCCCUGGAAGCCAGUUAAUGAAGUGAAUCCAAACAUGAAAAUGAAAGAAUCCCAUGAUUUCAAUCUCUCUGAUGCUCUUUAUUAAUUUAUGCAGCCAUGGAUAUUCCUUUAACAUUUCAUCAUCCCCUCUCCCUGAAGUGUAAGAUUGGAAAAUUCCACUAAAGUGGAAUUCUUAGAAAUUCCACUACCGGGCU